GUGUGACAUCUCUCUUGUAGGGAUCCGUUCUUGGGAUAUCGACCUUACUGCCUGCAACCUUGACCAGCAACUCAAGCUCUUCGUCUCCCGCCACUCUGCGACUUUUUCUGAUAUCGUGAAAGGUCAGCGUGCCCUCCACCACCGUGGUGAUGUUCUGGAGACAUUAGUUUUGCUGAACCCUUCAGACAAAUCCAUCUGUGAUGAGCUCCGUAACCUGAUCACUGACCCUUCGCGGCACAAGCUGCUGAUCUUUGCUGGGCCCUGCAUAGAGGAAACGGGUGAACUCGUGCUGCAGAUGGGCUCCUUCUCCUUGCGGGACUUCAUCCAGAUCUUUGCUGAUAAAGAGGUUGGGGAGUUACUCAGCUCUGCUGACCCCUCUGCCAAAACCAGCUUGACUGUAAUUUGCCCAGACUUUGGGGAAUGGAAGGAUUCCAGACGGAGCCAGCACAACCUCUUGGAUUUCAUUGAUCUGUACUUCAAUCCUGGUUGUUUGUUGCCGGAAAUGGAGGGUUUACAGGAGUUCAUUGAGUACCUUUCAGAGUCCCUGGACCCCCUGUCUCCUUUUGACCUCCUGGAGCCACCAAGCACAGUUGGCUUCCUGAAACUUUCCAAGCCUUGCUGCUAUAUCUUCCCUGGGGGGCGAGGUGACUCUGCUUUCUUUGCAGUCAAUGGCUUCAACAUUUUGGUGAACGGAGGGUCCAACCCUAGGUCAUCCUUCUGGAAACUGGUGCGCCACCUAGAUCGUAUUGACUCCAUCUUGGUGACCCAUGUUGGGACUGAUAGUCUGCCUGGAGUGAAUAGCCUGCUCCAGCGGAAGCUUGCUGAAAUCGAGGAAGACCCUUCCUCCCAGAGCCCCCAAAUUGAUGAUUGGGUGAAGAACCUCAUUUCACCAGAAUUGGGGGUAGUGUUCCUCAAUGCAUCAGAGAAGCUGAAGGACAUAGAAGGGGAUUCUGGAGUCUUAAAGAGUUGUGAUGAGACCAGCUUGACUCUACAAUACCUAGACAAAUUGGGCAUUAAGCCCAACCCACUUUUCAGGGAAGUUGGUCCUAAGACAGAGCCCACCAUCCUCUUUCAGAAAAUGGGGGUUGGGCGUCUGGAAAUGUAUGUGCUUAACCCAGUGAAAGGCAGCAAGGAACUAGAAUUCUUGAUGCAGCAGUGGUGCGGGAAUGGCCACCCCAAAGGGCUAGAGUUGCCCCUACAGUGUGUGACUUCCAUCUGUGCACUCCUGAUUUGGCAUCCUGUGAGCCCCACAGAAAAGAUUGUUCGGGUCUUAUUCCCAGGCUGCACACCCCAGACCAAGAUUUUAGAAGGACUGGAGAAAGUCAAACAUUUGGAGUUCCUCAAAUACCCUGUAGUCACUCAGAAGGACAUGGACUCUUUUUCCAUCUCUCAAGCCAAGCAGAAGAGGACGGAGAGUCAGGAGAGCCUCAGAUCAGGUUCUAGGCUAAGUCUAACAGAAUCCAGCAUGCCUGUUUCCAAGGAGAAGAGGGAGUCAAAGCUGGCCAAUGUCAGGGACCGACCCAAGGCACCCAGUGAAACUUCAAAGGGCAGUGUUGAGGAGGAGAGAUCCAAAGGGUCCCAGCUUAAGGUGGAACCCUCUACAGAGAAGACCAAACAGGAUGCAAGGCCUAAACAGUUGAAGGAGAAGCCAGUGGCCAAGAAAGAUGUGAAGAAGCUGGUUGUGAAGGAAGAUACUACUCAAGAGAAGGACGUGGCAAAGAAAGAGGGAAAGGUGUAUCUUCCCAGAAGAGAGCCGACAAAAAGAGAGGAGACCAAGAAAGAUGCGAAGUCAGAGGACAAGGCAUCAAAGCAGCCUAUAAGAGACUUGCGGAGAACUCCAAGUGCAGAGGUGAAAAGGCCUCCAAGCAAAAUGGGCAGCUUCAAAAAGACUAUUCCUUCUCUGAAAAAGGACACGGACAGACCAAAGAACAAGUUGCUGAAGGAAGCCUCAAAUAAGCUGCCAAGCAGCACCAAAGGAGGCCUCUUGGAUGGAUCUAAGCCAUCAUCAUCAGAGAAUGAUAUGCAGGAGAAGCUGCGUGGGUCCUCCCGACAAGCAGUAACGGCAGGAGAAGUGACUGAUGAAGCCAUAAGCACAACAGAGAGUGAGUUGGUGCCUUCACCGCUGGGCAGUUUGGACUGCCAAGGAAGUGGGUUGGAACCCAUCCAGAAUGGUUUGGGUGCAGAGGCAGGCCCAGAGAGCCCUCAACCUUUUCGGCAUCUGGAAGCUAGCUCUCCUUUGAAAUGGAUUGGGCCCCCAUCCCCACUGGUCAAGACUCCCAAGAGCGAUCAGAGCAUCAAUUUCGAGCUGACUCCUACAGACAUUCAGGCCAGGCUCAACCACUGCCCGGAUACAGAGGAAGCUUGUGGCAGCUCUGAAGAAAAGACCCUUGAGAUGAUGUCCCCAGCCACGGCGGGUCACACUCCAUCCCACCAGUCUCCCAUUGAAGAUGUGGCUAUGGUGGAGGAGCCAUUGGCCACCCUCAAUCCCUGGAGGCCUGAUGGCUCUGUCCCUGGUCCUCGAGCUUCACACGACAACUCCAGCUCUUCCCAGGAGAAGCACUCUGGGUGCCUCUCCCCGAGUCUCUUUCGUGAUGACAUCCACGAUGUGUCCCCCACUCUUACCACUCCCUCACUGCCAGCUGAAGUGGGCUCCCCCCAUUCCACUGAGGUGGAUGAGUCGCUCUCUAUCUCCUUUGAGCAACUCUUGCCGCCAGUGAGUGAGUUUCCCCAGGAAGAAGGAGAGAGGAUGCAGGCUGGGGGGCUCACCCCCGAUCUUGAGCCUGCACUGGGAAAAAGCGGAAUGUCCCUGCCCAUCCUCUCCUGCCACCCUCAGCGACUGGACGGACAUGUCUUGCCCAGGUCUGGCCGCCGAUCGGGCUCUCCCCAUGACGUGGAUCUCUGCCUGGUGUCCCCUUGUGAGUUUGAGCACCCCAAGUCUGAUAGAUCCCCGUCAGCCAACUUCAGUCCUCGGGACAUGUCCAACAGCAGUGACUUCUCCCAAGAGCUGGCCAAGCCCUUGUCACACAGGAAGGGCCCUCGAGGCCGCCGGUCAUACCCUCUAGUGGAUGAGACUCCGCCGACUUCCUUCAGCGAAUCGCUCCCCACCCUCUCUGACUCUGACAUCCCGCCUGCUAUGGAAGAGUGUCCUUCUCUCACGGCCGAUGGUGGGCUGGACUCAGAUGAUGAUCCUGAGAGCCUGGCUCAGGCCCAUGAUCCACUCCCAGCUGCCCUGAAAGACCCUUGCCCUCUCCCUGCCCAGCCAGGGAUCUGCAUGGUGGACCCAGAGAAGGAAGGUGUAGCCAAAGCCAAGCGAACCCCAACACGGGGGGGCUCUGCCCCUCCCAAAGCAGACACCCCCAAAGCUACUGCUCCAAGUCCCCGGGGAAAGCCUUCUUCAGCUAGCGCGGGGGAGAGAGCCCGCCUGCCAGCCCCUGGCAGAAGCGACCUGCCAGCAUCUCGUGCCGGUGGGGAUAAUCGAAUGCCCUUCAGUCCACGGAACGCAAGCAUCAGGCCUCUUCUGGGAGCUGGAAGAACAUCUCCGGCAGGAGCCCGGUCCAGCCUGCUGCGCUCCCCAGUGUACCUGGAGCUGGCGUACAUUCCUGGCUCCACGAGUGCCCAGAAGGUGGAUGAGGACUUCUUCCGGUAUGUCCGUUCCCAGUGCUAUGUCAUCAGCGGCGAAGACCACGUCAAGGAGAGCGUCAUGAGAGGCAUCCUGGAUGCCCUGCUGUCGGGGAAGCAGCACUGGGCCCACGACACUCAGGUGACCCUCGUCCCGACCUUCGACUCGCUGGUGAUGCAUGAAUGGUACGCAGAGACCCUGGAGCGGCAGCAGGAGCUGGGCGUCACCGUUCUCGGGAGCAAUAGCACCGUGGCCAUGCAGGACGAAACCUUCCCGGCGUGCAAAGUGGAGUUCUGAGCCAGGAGGGCUUUGGACCGGGAGCUGAGGCUGGGGGGGCCUUACGGUCCUCCUCUUCUCUGCGGGCUCGCUGGCUGCUGGCAAAAGAAGAGGCGUCUCCUCCCAGAGUUGGGUUUCGUGCCAGAAGAGCCCUCUGCGCUCCUGGGCUCGGGGUGGAAGGGGUGGUUCCCGAGGCGCUUUUCAUGUCCCUUCAGGAAAUAGCAUCCACUGUUCGUCUGGUUUGUUUGCAUGUUCACCGCCACAGCUUCUCCCCCAGCCAAGCCUAGGAAAGAAGGGAGGGAGAGCCAUGCUCUCCUGCAAGGCAGCCGGUGAGAGGCAUUGCCGUGGGCCUCCCAGCGGCCCCUGUCCUUCUCCCGUCCCUCAGCGCCCACAGCGGCUGCUGCGACCUGGGUCCCUGGGAGAUGCUGCCGAGCCAUCCCGUGCAAGGGAGACGGCAGCAUUGCUCUCCUUAAAGCAAAACCACACAAAUGAUGACAGGCUGUGGGGCUGGUAUGGGCCGGUAUGGGCCGGAGGUGGGCGUGGUUCCUUGGCUGCCUUUCAGCGCAGGCUCCGGAGUGGGGGGCUUGGGUUUCUGUUUCUCCUCCCUUCCCGCCUUGAUUUGGGGCUAAGUUGGUCACAGCUUGGAGUAGCCGUUCGUUUGUUUCCCGGAAGAGAUCCAGCCGCCUGUGGCAUUUUGCCUCCGCCUGGUGCCUCGUUCCUCCGAAACUUUAAGCGAGGGCGCUCGUCCACCUGGCCUGCUCCUUUCCCUCCCCUGCUUGCUGGGAGAUGGCGUUCCACCAGAGCCGUGGGGCCGAAAGCCACCCGCGGUCUUCCCUGGGCACCCAGAUCACGGGUGAAUGCCGUUUUGGGGGAUUCCGGUCUUUCUGAAGCGUGCAGGAAGCAGCUUUGGACCUGGCUCUUUCCUGGGGAGGCUGAGGGUCAGACAUGCCCGUUCACAGAUGGCCCCACUCUUCAGCCUCACACUCCAGAUUUCUUCUACCUCUUUAUGUUCAAAACCUUGGAGGGUUGGGCAGUUUUUCUGGAGGCUUAAUCCACAAAGGCCGAAAUCCAGCUGAUGGCACCUGCUGGGCCUUUCUGCAGCUCUGGAAACAACCCCCCUCCCUUUAAAGUUGGAAGGAAAGUUGGGGGGGAAGCCCCUUGCAAUGUGACACUAACUCUUUCGUUUUCUAAGGAAGGAAAAUGUUUUUUUAAAUGUGUUUUAUAUUUUUUUCUAAAAAACCACCAAAACUGUUACCAUAUGAAAGGUUUAUAAUUUAUAGGAUUGCUUCCUGUGUGGUGCCCAGCAAAGUUGCACAUGGAAGAGGUUGGGUGUGCCACCUGAGCUCCGCCUGGCCCUUUGCUUGUCCACCCCCCGCUCCUGUCUCUGGGAUCAGCCUUGUCUUUUGUAUUGGCGUGAUGUGUUUAGAAAAGGUAUUUUGGGGAGGGGAGGAUGUUUUCACCACCUUUAUAUAGAAGCCUAGCAAAUGAUGGGGAAGGGGAAGGGGGCAGAGGGCUGGCUCACCACUUGAGGGUCUUCCUCUUUCUGGUCUGAGGUGACCCCUUCUCUAGUCUCUUUCUCCCAACUGUAGGAAAAAGCAGUUGUGGUUGUUGUAGCCAUUACACAGUUAACCCCGUGAUACACCAUGUUAUGUGUGUACACACACAAAUGCACACCCGUGUUGAACUCUGUGAAACCAUUAAACAAGUAUGUAGCUCCA